AUCAUGCAAAACCAAAGUGUUGUAACUGAGUUUAUACUCUUGGGACUUUCACAGAAUCCACAUGUCCAAAAAGUAGAAUUUGUUAUAUUUCUAUCCAUUUAUAUUGGUACUCUUGGUGGCAAUGGUCUGAUAGUGGUGACCAUCUUCAGCAGUCCAGCUCUCCUGUGCUCCCCAAUGUACUUCUUCCUGGCUUUCCUGUCCUUCCUGGAUGUGUGCCUCUCUUCUGUCAUUGUCCCAAAAAUGUCUAUUGACUGUCUUUACGAAAAGAAAACCAUAUCUCUUGGAGGCUGUUUGACCCAGAUCUUUGCUGGACACUUCUUUGCUGGAGCAGAGGUAAUUGUCCUUACAGCUAUGGCAUUUGACAGGUAUGUGGCCAUCUGCAAGCCUUUGCACUAUUCUUCUAUCAUGAACCCAAAGCUCUGUGGCAUUCUGAUUGGAGUAGCUUGGAUAGGGGGCUUCCUACAUUCAACUAUACAAAUUGCAUUUGCCUCCCAGCUGCCUUUCUGUGGCCCCAAUAUCAUCGACCAUUUCUUGUGUGACUUGUAUCCAUUACUGAAACUUGCCUGCACUGAUACUUAUGCCUUUGGCCUUAUGGUAGUGGCCAACAGUGGAUUCUUCUGUAUCCUCAUCUUCUCCAUGUUACUUGUGUCCUAUGGCGUCAUUUUGUUCUCUCUAAGAAACUACAGUACUGAAGGGCAGAGGAAAGCACUCUCUACCUGUGGAUCCCACAUUACUGUUGUGCUUUUAUUUUUUGUGCCCUGUAUAUUUGAAUAUGUACGGCCUCCAACUUCUUUCCCGUUUGAUAAAAUGGUCUCAGUAUUUUACACUGUCCUCCCAACUUUCUUCAAUCCUUUGAUUUACACUUUUAGGAAUAAAGAUGUGAAAAAUGCCAUGAGGAAACUGUGGAAUAAGUUAUUCAUCAUCUCUGAUAAAAAAUAA